CCUUCUUACUGAGGCUGAGGCUGAAGUUUCUCCCUGAAAUAAGGAAGUUUUGUUUGGUUUUUGAAAUGUAUUAUUCGCCUCCUUUCAUUAUCCUCGAACGUCAUUAGUAACCGUCCAUUCGUCGCCGAGUAGAGCGCACUGUCCGUGGCCCUAGGGACGGAAGAGCGGUUCUCCAGUUCAUUUUUCCCCUCUUCAAGCCCAGCGACCGUUUUACCAAUGGCGUUGGAGACAGGAACCACUCGCUAGCCAGAAACGAGUUGAAUACAGAGAAUAAGAGGCUUUAAAACUGUUGAAGGAUAUGGGCCUCUAGGAAAGACAUACGGAACUCUGAAAAAACUGGCCGGGGAAGCUCUGACCUCUGCCAUUGGAACUACUGAAGACCACACCAGUGUAGCUGCCGUCCAGUGAUCAAGAAUCCUCUGCUCCUACGACCAGCUCUUAAGAUAUGUGAAGCUGCUGUCUAGAUACACAGUAACAUGGAAUCUCUGAUACUACUGCCUCUUAUCCCAGAGCUGAAGACAAGAUACUGAAAUGAGGCUACAGCAGAAAAUGGCAGAUAGCAGGAAGAUGACCUCCAUCUUCUCUGGAUAUUGAUAAUUGGUCCAACCUUUAUUCUCCAGAUCCCUGGAGUAGUUUUUUUAACCUGAAAAAUGUGUGUUUUUUUUUUCAUUUCCCAGUCUGUAAUAUAGAUAAGUAUGUGAGAAGGUGGGAAAAGAUACGAUGUUUCAAUCAACCAUAUCGCACACAUUUUAUUAUGAGACAUACAGGCACAGAUGAAAGUAAAUAUGCCUUAAACACUGCUGUUCGGAUAUACCAAGCAUCCAGACCAAGUUCAGACCAAUGGAAAAAAAGUGCAGCAAAAACUGAAUUGAAUGAAACUCAAAAGCAAGAAAUUAAAGAGGCCUUUGAUUUAUUCGAUGUUGAUGGGUCUGGAACCAUAGAUGUGAAAGAACUGAAGAUUGCAAUGCGGGCCUUAGGAUUUGAGCCAAAGAAAGAAGAAAUUAAAAAGAUGAUAGCUGAAACUGACAAAGAAGGAAUUGGCACCAUUAAUUUUGAAGAAUUUUUUGCCAUGAUGAGUGUAAAAAUGAGUGAAAAGGAUGAAAAAGAAGAAAUACUGAAGGCUUUCAAAUUAUUUGAUGAUGAUGAUACAGGAAGUAUAUCACUGAACAAUAUCAAGAGGGUUGCUAAGGAGCUAGGGGAAAAUUUAACAGAUGAUGAACUUCAGGAAAUGCUUGAUGAGGCUGAUCAUGAUGGGGAUGGAGAAAUAAACAAGGAAGAAUUUUUGAAAAUGAUGCAAAAGACCACUCUUUAUUAACACUGUCUUUUGUGCCUUCUGGAAAGUUGUUAACAAGUUUGUAUUUGCUGUAAGUUGCAUAAUAGCUGAAUAUAUUCAUUUUCAGUGUUUAAGUUUAUAUACAUAAACUGGUCUCUUGAUGUCUAAUCCAUGUGAGAAGUUACAUGUUGCUACCAAUAUGUUGUUAAAUCUAUAACAUCAAGAAAUAAAAUGUAGUGACUUCCUUAAACUAUGAAGAACAGUAUUAAUUAUAAGUGCUAUUUUUAGAGCCCCAGGUUCUAAAACUUAGAUUUUUUAUUUUACUUAUGGAAAUUGGCCCCACAUCAUAAGCCAGCCAUCACUUUCCCUAUUAUUUUCCUUUUGUGCAACUCUAAAAAAUGAACAUUUGCUUUUUAACGGAUUAUUCAGAUAUGUAAAGUCUUAAAUAAAACUGUCUGGCAGC